AUAUCCGUUCAGAGGGUGGGCGUGUCUCUACACACGUGGCUACCCAAGAGCAAAAUGGUCAGAAAGUUGAAGUUUCAUGAGAAAAAGCUGCUCAAGAAAGUUGAUUUUAUUUCAUGGAAGGCAGAAAAUAACAUAAGAGAGGUUCAGAUUAUCAGAAAAUACCAUAUACAGAAGAGAGAAGAUUACACAAAGUACAACAAGCUAGCUGGUGCUGUGAAGUCACUGGCUGUGAAACUCAAAGACCUAAAUCCAAGGGAUCCUUUCCGCAAUGAGUCCACUACGCAGUUGCUGGAGAAGCUGUAUGCAAUGGGACUAGUACCUACAAGGAAAAACCUUGUAUUGUGUGAGAAAAUCAAUGCCUCAGCAUUUUGCAGGAGAAGGCUCCCUGUUAUCAUGGUUAAAUUGAGGAUGGCACAGCACAUAGGUGAUGCUGCCAAGUUUGUGGAGCAAGGCCAUGUUCGUGUGGGACCUGAAGUUAUGACUGACCCAGCCUUUCUAGUAACAAGGAACAUGGAGGACUUCGUUACAUGGACAGACACCUCUAAGAUCAGGAAACAUGUGUUGGACUACAAUGAAGAGAGAGAUGACUUCGACCUGCUCUAAACCAGGUUGACCAGUCCGGCCUAACAAUGCAUAACAAUUGCAACAGAUGUAUCCCUGCACUAACUGUCUAUUUACUGUUGACUGUUCGUCUGUCAUUUGACCAUUUAAUAUUCCUUUUAUCAUGAAUUUCUUAAUAUUUGUUAUUGUACACUGCCAUACUAGUCGAUAAUCAACAAAAUGUUAAAAAUCA